CUGUGCUGCAAAAUGUAGUGCUUCCAGACUGGUCCACUGGUGUGGGUAGGACGGAGUACAGGAGGUGUAUCAAAAUGACCGAUCUCCCGGCAUUUGCCGCACCUAACUGAAACCCUCAUAACACUUUGUAACUCGAUCAUAUUCCUCUUCUUCCUUCGACAGAACAAUGUAUCCGGAUGUUGGGUCGUACGGCCGUCGCGAAUAAUCUUCACAUGCCAAGGGGAUGAAGAAUCAUUCGUCACGAGAGGAUGGCGUUUGUAGAGAAGAAAAAUAGAUUCAGAUUUGCAGUACCGAAGAAGAGUGAAAAAAGACACAGACUGAUGGUAAAAGAUAUGACGCAGACGGAGGACGAUUGGACCUUUUUGUUGUGCUAUCCCAGUUCCGUUGCUAGUGAUAGAAUUGUUGGCAAAAUCUUGACGUCAAUUGAGGGGAUCGGCUUGGACAUCAUGGGUGAAGGUGCUAUUGAGAAGGCUCGUCAGCUUACAUCAGAAAAAUAUGAAUCAUAUUUUACCUUUCAGCUUACAUCAGAAAAGGAAACAGUUAAACUCUGGGCGCCUGGCAGGCUAAAAGCUCACACCAGUGAUUCAUAUAAAAGGGCAGUAGAAGAUUAUGAAUUGUGGUUUGGUAGUGACUCUCUUUUCACCUGGAGAAAAGAAGCAGAGGCUAGUAAAUAUCUGGCAAAGAUGGUUGACCGCUAGGGAAGUCAAAGACAAAGAAACCUUUAUUAUAGCCCACUCUAUUUUACUAGGUUAUUUAUACUUAAAACAAAGGACAAAGAAAUCUUUAUUGUAGCCCACUCUACUUUACUAGGUUUUGAUCUUCUUACUAUUAGAAGAACUUCUUCAUGUUUCUUUACUCUUAUCGACUUCCUAAUUCUACUUAUUAGGCUA